AAAAACCAUAAACACCAAGGACAUCCGGAAGAGAGCGCGCCUAGCCUCCUCAGGCACGCGAUUGGUUGAGGUCGGUUGAGGUGAGAUAAUCAUCAGUAACCAUCAGUGCGCUCGGCUCAGAUCUUCAGCUAAAGCGUUGGGACGGUGCACCUUUUAAUGCUUGGGAACUCUAUGCUGGAAAUGGAUGGCUUUCAUGUGACCAUUCGAACCUCAGCAUCUUCUCUCUCAGGAACUUAUGGCAGCGUUUGGAUCUCUUUGGUUGGUACUCUGUGUGAGAGCCCUCCAGUAAGAGUGGAACAGCGUCUCUUGCCAGACUCAACAGGCCUGUACAGUUGUCAUCAAGCCUAAAGAGGAAGUUGGCGUAGUGGUUCUGUUGAAACUCCGUCUUGAGGCGCAGCCUGGCUUUCCAGACCUGGACUGGCACUGUCGGGAUGUGCUGGUCAGAAGGAGUGCUGAGGAUGCCGAGAUGGAGGUUUUUCCUUGUCAUAAAUGGAUAAGGACGGCAGAUGGUUAUGUUGAGCUUCGGAAUGAGAAAGUGUGUCUGAAAAAGGAGGAAACAUUACCAAUCCUAACUGAUCACAGGGAGAGGGAUCUCCAACAUAAACAACAGUUUAUCAGGUGGGGCACAUUUGUUGAAGGUGGUCCUCACUGUGUAGACAUGUCCAGUGUGACAUCUCUAGGACUCAACUUGACUUACGUCCGUAAACGCCCAGUUCACAAUGUGCACUACAUAAAGGGUUUAAUUGAAAGAAAAACAUCUUGGGGCAGCCUACAGGAACUUGAGACAUUCUUCGUUUUCAAUGGAAGGGAGAACACAAUUGCUGGAUAUGUUCAGGCUCACUGGCACGAGGAUGCGUUCUUUGGAUAUCAGUGCCUCAAUGGUUGCAAUCCUUUGUGUAUCAAAAAGAUCCAUAACCUGCCACCUAAUCUGUCUGUCACUUCAGAGAUGGUCAGACCUUUUCUACCAGAGGACUCAUCAUUGGAGCAGGAGAUGGAGAGAGGACAUGUGUAUCUUCUGGAUUAUGAAGUGCUUGAUCAGCUGCCUGCUAAUAUUGUCAAUGGGAAACAGACCUACUUGUCUGCUCCUUUAUGUUUGCUGCAUUACAACAGACAUGGAGAACUAAAGCCUAUUGCUAUACAACUUCAACAGGCUCCUGGUCCACAGAAUCCUGUUUUCUUGCCGUCUGAUGCUGCACCGGAUUGGUUGUUAGCAAAGAUGUGGGUCCGUAAUUCAGAUUUCAUGGUCCAUCAACUACUUUCCCAUUUCUUGCGCACUCAUCUUUUAGGAGAGGUGUGCUGUACCGCCACUCUCAGACAGCUGCCGGAGAUUCAUCCUCUACACCAGCUCCUGAUGCCUCAUAUCCGCAGCACACUUCAGAUUAACAUUCAGGCUAGAGCCACUCUUCUGGCCACAAAAGGUGUUUUCGACAAGUCAAUAGCCUGUGGUCUGGAGGCAAUUCCGCAGCUGAUUGUUCGAGGAACACAACGCCUCCGCUACAGCUCAAUGUGUGUGCCAGAUGACAUUAGAGAGAGAGGUCUUGAUGCACUACCUAUCUGCUAUUACGCACAAGAUGCUCUCAGGGUCUGGGACGCUCUACACAGGUUUGUUGCAAGCUGGAUUCGUUUGUAUUACUGUAACGAUGAGGACAUCCAGCAUGACUGUGAACUACAGAACUGGAUUAGAGAGAUCUUCACGGAGGGAUUCCUCGGCCUCACUCACAUAGGAGUUCCACAGUCAUUUCAGACCGCAUCCGAAAUGUGCAAGUUUGUUACCAUGAUGAUCUUCUCCUGCUCAGCACUUCAUGCAGCUGUGAACUUCUCUCAGCUGGAUUAUAACCUUUGGAUUCCGAACACUCCACCAUCCAUGUCACGCCCCCCUUCUCAGACCAAAAACUCAGUGUCUGAGGAGGACCUUUUCUCCUUCCUUCCGGAGGUGAACUCCUCUUGCCACGUCCUAAGUGUCCUAUCUCUACUGUCACAGCCUGCCAUUGACUUUGUACCCUUGUGCCAUUAUAGUGAGUGGUACUUCUGCAGUGGUGCGACCGUCAAGCUUGUGGAGGAGGUCCAGAGAGAGCUGAAGAUGAUAGCAGAAGAAAUCGCAAACAGGAACAGCCAGCUGGUGUUGCCCUAUCCGUACCUGUCUCCAGACUACAUUGAGAACAGCGUGACUAUUUGAGUUCACUUUGCAGUUGAAUCAUGAAUUAAAAUGUCAGAGUGUAACUGUAAGGCCACGUGUUUACAGUACUACAACUUGGUGUUUUGCCACUGUUCAUCUGCCACUGCAGUUACAAAGUGUAUCCUCAGUGAUAUGUAUUAAAUUUGUGUCUGCAUUUUAAAUGUAUGCUUCUAAGUCACAGUAGAUGUUUUGUCUCAAUUUCAACUAUACUUACAUUUACAGCUUUAAAAGUUUGAGGUUUGAUAUUUUGGGCUUGCUUUCAACAGUAGGCUGCUGUUGAUUAAAAAUCAACUGUGCUGUGUUUAUUACAGGAUCCUAUGAUGAAUAUAUGCAUCAUUCAUUUUCCAAAGACAAUACAAAUAAAAAGUAAUACAAUACCAAAAGG